UCAUCCAAACUCUCUUCCCCAAAAAUGGAGAAAUCAGCGUCAGAAAGGAUCGGCAUCAGAAUCUACAGCCCACCGCCGCCUCCGCCGUACCCACCGUCCGACCGCGGCGGCGGUCGCAAGCGGCGAGCAAUGGCCAACGGCGUGCAGAGAACCCUCUCCAAAACCUCCCUCCUGGCCAACUUCCUUCCAACAGGCACCCUCCUGACCUUCGAGAUGGUGCUCCCGUCCAUCUACGCCAACGGCGAGUGCUCUCCCGUCAAGACGCACAUGAUCUACGCCCUCCUCGCCCUCUGCGGCCUCUCCUGCUUCUUCUUCCACUUCACCGACUCCUUCAAGGGCCCCGAUGGCAAGGUCUACUACGGCUUCGUCACCCCCCGAGGCCUGGCCGUGUUCAAGUCCGGCCUCGGGGUGGAUGUUCCCCGGGACGACAAAUUCAGGGUCAGCCUCAGCGACUUUGUGCAUGCUAUGAUGUCUGUUCUUGUCUUCGCUGCCAUUGCAUUUUCUGACUACCGGGUGACCGGGUGCGUGUAUCCCGGCCACGCCAAGGAGUUGGAUGAAGUGAUGAAGAGUUUCCCGUUGAUGAUUGGGAUUGUUUGCAGUGGCUUGUUUCUUGUAUUCCCCACUACCAGAUAUGGUAUUGGCUGUGUCUCUGCCUGAAAUUUGUAUUUCACUACUUCUGUAUUUUCUUUGGAUUGUUUGUUUCUAAAUACUAGUGUAUCAUCUAAUGAUAGGCUUGUCAUUAUAAUUUGUACGUAAUUUACAAACUAAUGCUAAUUUGUUUCUCUGCAAAAAUAUAUACUCUCUACGACCAGAUACAUUUCCCUCUGGUACGGCUACUGAUACUGAUUAGUAACUCACCCGAUUCUUCAUUAAUUGGGACCCUUUUACUUGACAUGGAUUUUAGGAAAUAUAGUGGAAAAUGGGUACAAAAAAGUUAAAAUUUCUUAAAAUGUGUAUAAUUUUUAUUUUUACAUAGGAUUGAUAUAUGCCGCGGACUUCUAUUAUAUAGGCGCUUGGUGAGGUACUAAUGACGUCAUCAUCAAAACUUCCUCUCACUCCGCUUCUCCUCUUUAGCUAAUAAUCUCUUCUCUUCACCUUCUAUUCUUAUAUUCUAAUUUUCCAUCAAUAUCGAUAUGCAAAAUAAUGAAAUAUCGUCAUCUUCCUUAUUCCUUUUGACAACUUUCCUUUUUAUAUCUGCAAAAAUUCUCUUAUUUUUGGAUUUUCUUGAAAGCAAUUUCUCCUUUUUCUAUUAUCGUAUUGCAAAAUCUAAUACUGGUGUUGAAUUAAAAAAAAUAUUAAUAUGAGUUUAAAUGGACAAAGAGGGAUAAUUUUUUCUCUACAAGGAUCUAUUAUUUUCAAACUAAAAUUCAUCAUCUGUGAACAUUGUAAAUGUGGUUGUAGGAACGAUUUGCUCAUUUGCAUACAUUAAAUAAUGAGAAGUAUUGAUUCAUCGGUGAAAAGCAUAAGUUCUUAAGAAUUUGGUAAGGAAAAGAAAUUACAGAUGAGAGAGAAUGAAGAUAGAGCCAUGGAGGGAU